UGGGAAAAGAAGACCGGGACAUAGACGGGCAAUUGGAGGGAAGUAAAUGGAGGAUGGAGGUGAGAAGAUAUUAGGAUGGAGAAGUCGGGGCAGACAUCGGAGUAGCGAGAGAUGAAAGCCGGGAAGAUGGAGGCAGGAUCGAGAAGAAGAGGUCAGAGAGAGGGCGCUGGAGAGAUGCGACGCAGAGAAGAGUCUCGAAGGAGAGGAGUGAAGGAAGGAAGGAGGGCAGAUGGCGGUGCGCUCGGAGUGAGGCAGCGCGAGCGCGAGCGCGAAGAGAGAAGAGGAGUGUCAAUCUGGUGGAAGGAAGGGAUUGGCAGUGUGGGGCUAGAGUUAAGUUGGCAAGAGUGCCAGGGCGGGAUGGUAGCGUGUUUGGGAACGCGGGUUUCCGUACACGUGGUCCAUCGAGGGCACAUGUCGACAGAGCGAUUCUGACACAGGAGGAGAAAGAUCGUGCAGAAAGAAGAUAAAGUGAAAGUGUGCAGGGAGAGAGAGUGCCGGACUCAGAGGAGAGAAUAGGCGGGGAGAGGAGAGAAGCAAGGGAGGAAGAGAGAAUGGAGGAGCUGGGCAGAGAAUUGAGGAAUUUGAAGUGGGAAAUGACAAGGAGACUGAGGGAAGUCGGAGAGAGACUGAGAGGAUUGGAAGAGAGGUUAGAGGCGCUGGAAGGAGAAGGCAUGAGAAGGGAAGAAGAGGUAGCAGGUGAGAGGGAAGAGCUGAGGAGUAUGAGGGAAGCGAGAGGAAGAGGCAGCAGAGAAGAGGAAGCGCAGAGGGACGACGACGAGGAGGGAGAGAUGGAGAAGAGGAGGAUCGAACGGGACGACGGGAGAGAGGGAAGGAGUGGGAAAAGAGAACAGGUGGUUGGAGAGAAGAGGGAGGAGAGGAUGGGGGAAGGCGAGAACAAGAGGAGAAGAGAACGGAGGGAAGAGGAGAAGAAGGGGCGGAAGGACGGAGUCGAGGAGAGCUGGUGGCAGGAGACGAGAGGAGAGGAGGAGAAGGAGAGGAGAGGGGGCGAGGAGAGAGACGAGGAUGAAGGAAGAGGACAAGAGAGGAGCUGGUGGAGUUAAUUGAAAUCUUAUGUUUUUUGUUUUAUGUUACUAGGAGGUGACAGAGGAGAAAUGGAAAGAGACGUGGAAGGGGAAGAGAGUGGUGAGAAA